UCGCCCGCUUUCGCAAUUUCAAGUCCAAAUUUCACGGCGCAAAUGAGUAACUCGACUGACAGGCGGCAGAACACAUUUUCGCGCAGCUGUUCUUGCGGGUUAGCCAGUCAUAUUUACCGGUUGCGCAGAUCUGCUCAUUUUUAAAUAGCAACCAAGCUACAAGCUUCGCGUCAAUUGGCCGUUAAGUGAAUAUUUUCAAAUUAUAUAUAGUUCUUUUUAAAAAAAAAUCAACUGUAGACACCGGCAUUAUUACUUCGAAACUGUAUAUUACACGAACGUGUGAUCGGCGCGCUCUCGCUUGCUGAAGAGCUUCCUUUUAUGGCGGAAACUGGAGUCGUCGAGGAAUGUUCAGACCCCAGCAACAUGGCUGCACUGAGAGCUGCUAAAAACGCUUUGCGUGCGAAUCUAAAAAAGAGGAUUGCUGCACUCGGCGAACAAGAAAAACUCAGACAAUCGGAUGUAGUUACGCGGAUGCUGAUGGUACACCCCAAGUACCAGAGCUGCCAAAGAAUCGCCGUCUUUCUGAGCAUGCCAGACGAGAUAGGCACGGAGAAGAUCAUUGACGAUAUUUUUCAGAAGGGAAAGGCCUGCUUUAUCCCCAAAUACCAGUCAAAGAGCAACCACAUGGAUAUGGUGAGGCUCGCCACGGCUCGGGAAAUUCGCUCCCUGCCUCUGACGACCUGGAACAUCCAUCAGCCUUCUGAAGAUGAUGAAAGGGAAGAUGCCUUAGCAACAGCAGGUGGCAGUGGAGUAACAGGAACUGAAAACUCCCUUCCAUUGAAUCUAAAGCUUUAUUGUACCUUAAUCGACGACAAUUGUCAGUGGAAAUCUCCGCAAUCAGGCGGACUUGAUUUGAUUCUUAUGCCUGGCCUGGGAUUUGACAAAAAUGGCAACCGCCUGGGCCGUGGAAAGGGAUAUUAUGACAGUUUCUUGGAGCGAUGCCUGAAGCACCCUAAAGGAAAACCCUACACCAUCGCGCUGGCUUUUAAAGAGCAGGUCUGUGAGGAGAUUCCUGUCACCGAGAACGACAUACAAAUUAACGAAAUAUUAUAUGAGUGUGGUUUCAAAUAAAACGGCUCCAAUUGUU